UGCUGUUGUGCAGCACCUGACAAUGCUGAAGAAAGAAAAAAAAAGCCGCAUUGUUUGUGUCGAUGUCAUCAAAUUAUUGAGAAAAAACUGUCGAAUUUCUACUACAAGUUUUACUCAGUGAGAAUCAAAACGAAUUCGAAAUUUUUGCUUUUUAGUAUAAUAUUCGAGCCGGUCCAUUAAAAAAUUUUCCAUCAACAGCGAAUGUGUGCCUGUCCAACAAACGAACGAGGCGGUGGCUGCCCAGUGGCUUGAUGGGUGAUAUAACAGUGCCCUGGGUUGCGUCAUGUAUGUCUGGCUGUGCGGCUUGGGUGACGGUAGGCUUUUUUAAAGCUGUACUUUCGUUGAAGCGGCAUAGUCUGGAGAAGUGCCUCUUACAUAACGACACUGAUCUGAAUGUGGAUUUGAGAGGAGAUUUGUCAUUGUAGAAUUGUGUUUGCUUAGCCGGCAUAUUGGAACUCAUUUUUGACCUGGUUGUUAGCCUAUUGGCAGGUUGAAAGAUGGUGUAUAAAUCGGAAGAAAUGGAAAUGGAUGCUCAGGAUAGCAUCGAAGAGGAGAAUGACAUCAUCAAGGAAGGUGGUGAUGGCAGUCAUGUGGAAUGUCCUGUUGUUACAUUCGAUGUUGAUGUUGGUGUGUCCAACAAAAAAUUUAAGGAGGAGUGUCUUGAAGCUGAAGAAAAACCUUCCCUAGCAGAGGAGGAGGAGGAGGAUGUGGUGCCAGACGGAGGCUACGGCUGGGUCAUUGUGCUCGGCAGUUUCCUGGCUCAUGUCUUAGUGGGUGGCUUGGAGAGAGAUGACGGCGUGUUCUAUCUACAAUUCCGCUCUCACUUUGGGGAGAGUGCUCAGCUUACAGCGUGGGUUCUUGCCCUUGUUUCGACGAUACGACUCAUGUUUGGGCCGGUGGCCAGCACUCUGUGCGGCCGAUACAGCGCAAGGUCGGCGGUCAUGAUUGGCGGGAUUCUCCUCACCGUGGCCUGUCUUCUGACGGCGAGUGCUCCGAACUUCUGGUUCUUGUUUUUCUCCCACACCACACUUCAAGGCUUCGGCAGAGGCUUCAUGUACGCCCCCAGCAUCAUCAUCGUGGGCGAGUACUUCGACAAGCGGCGUGGGCUGAGCACCGGUCUGGGCACGUCCGGGGUCGGAGUGGGGACUUUCCUCAUAGUGCCCCUCACACAGCUGCUCUUUGACUUCUACGGCUUUUGGGGAGCUUUCCUGGUCCUAGCUGGCAUACUCACAAACGGCUUCGUGGUGGCCAUGCUGUUAAGGCCUCUGAGUCUUCACCAAAAGUUCGUUCGGGCUUUUGCCAGAAAAGAAUCUAAAACAGCAGCAAAAGCAGAGGAAGGAGGCGUGUUACUGUCAAAAUCGCGUCAAAAGAAAGGUCACGACGUGCCAGAAGACACAGCAGAAGACUCACAGCAAUCCUCGCCGCUCGUGAAAGCGUUGACGGUGUCAGAGCAAAAUGGCCACAAUGAAAAAUCAACAACCUCCUCACACUCACAGAAAAACCAGCCCGACGGCAAACUUCAGCAUCAGAAACGCGACGGAUGCCUCAAAUCGUUUUUGAAAACGUGUUUUCCUGUGGAGAACAAGCAGAAGAGGAGUACGGCUGGGAAGAGACUGUUCCACUUUUACCUGCUCAAAGAUUCCUCUUUCUUGUGUUUUUGCUUGAGUAUAUGUUUGUUCACGGCAGCGUUCAAAGCUGCGUUCACUUUCAUCCCAGCUUUGGUGAAAUCCAAAGGUCUGUCCGAGACAGACGCCACGAUGAUAUUGUCUAUCUCCGGAGUUCUCGACACCUUUGGGCGAAUCGGGGCGGGGCUGAUUCUUGAUUGUUCCAAACUGAAGCCCUGGCGGCCCAUGCUCUACAACUCCCUGAUAUUUGUCAUCGCCUUGAUCUCCUUUGUUCUCCCGUUCUUCUCGUCGUUCGCGGCGUUCGUCGUCAUGUGUGGACUCUACGGCAUCAUGACGGGAGCGUACGUGUCCCAGAAGUCUGUGAUCAUCGUAGACAUUCUCGGCAUGCAGCAUAUGUCCAGUUCCUUUGGAAUCCUCAUCUUGUUUCAAGGCAUCGGUACCUGCGUGGGCCCUCCUCUGUCAGGUGCGUUCCGUGAUUUCUUCGGAGGGUUUGACGAAGCGUUCUACCUCGGAGGUGGCCUCAUGUUGGUGGCUGGUUUCCUCAUGGUGGUAGGGAACUGCUUCCUGCAUUUCUCCAGGAAGGGAGAGAAAGAGUCGGUGGUGGACGCUGGCAGCCAGGCUGCAGGACCUGGAGAUGUGGCAGAUUAACAAGCAGAUUUGGUGUGUCUGGACCAUCACUUCAGCGGUCGCUCGUGUGUCCUGAGUCAGAGAUGGCCGGAGGGAAACCUGAGACUGAGAGGAGCUCAUCAGAGGUGGAUGCCAUUGGUCCGUUACAAGAACUUCACUCAUGUCCCCGCAGCUGAUUGGUUGAUGAUAUUGUCCCAGCAGCUGAUUGGUUGAUGAUAUUGUCCCAGCAGCUGAUUGGUUGAUGAUAUUGUCCCAGCAGGUGAUUGGUUGAUGAUAUUGUCCCUGCAGCUGAUUGGUUGAUGAUAUUGUGCUUGCAAUUGAUUAGUUGAGCUUUUGACUGAUGAUACUGUUAUGGUCAAAGUUGAUUGGCUGUCAAAGUUGAUUAGCUGAUGUUGUUACAGUUGAUCGAUUGAGCAGUUGACUGACUUAUCAUGUUGUUAUUGUUAUGGUUGACUGACUGACAAAUGGCUGUGAUCAAGGCAUUCCUCACUUCCAGCAUGUUGUUGUCCCCUUAACUCCUGCAAAGGUGUAAUAUUGACAGACUUUCUACAGUUUCACCUUGGAUGCUUUCCUUUUAUUUACGGCAGCUUUGUUUCGCUAGCCGUUCCUUCUACCCCAUUUCUGUAUGGGAAUUUAUUUCUUUUGUUUUCAUGUUUCCAUAGUACAACUAGUAAUGUGUAGACUUUUUAAAAAUCCUUCCAUGGCAAUGACAUGCCAUUAUAUUGCACUACAAAAAUCUCAAAUUGUCCCAAGCCUGAGAUGACCUGAUGAAGCUUUACUCAAGUACUAAGUACAAAAGUUGACAUGACCACUGUUUUUACUUUUUAAAACUAUUUACGCCAGGAGUUAUUUUCCACGAUUUUACAGAAUUUUUUUCUUGAUCUCACGAAAUCCGUAACAGGGUACACAUGUAAAAUAUUCAUAAAAUGGCUAAAUCUGUGGCAAAGCGAAAGAGAAAGUAGUUUAUUUAUUUUUCUAACACUUCCGGGUCAAAAAUAAACCUACUCGGAUUCAUAAAAGAUUGCAUUCGCUAUUUACAGCCCUCACAUCCAUAUAAGGCCCAAGUAAUGCUGGAGUCCUUGAAUCCUCAGGCGCGGCCAAUUCUGAUUGUGUUUACAAUUUUCUGCAGAUAUUUUAAAAAUCUCUUUUUGGUUUGAAGUUUUAGAAGAUUACAUGAGAUAGAAUAUAAUUAGAUAGCACUAUAUAUAUUUUUUUUUUUUUAAUAUGUAGCCGAUUUUGAGGUGGGCAUGGCCUUGUGAGAGAAAUAAACUUUUUAAAAAAUAUUAUGCAGCUGGGUGUGGUGGAAGGAGAAUUCGUGCCAGAAAUAUAUAUGCUUCUGGGGCUGUAAGAGUUAAUGUUUUAUUCUCUUGUUAACAAAACAAAACUGUGUUAAUGUAUUGUUUGCCAUGUCACUGUCUUUUAAUACUUGUUGUCAUUGUUGGAAAGAAUAACGCAGGCAUUAAUAGAAGCGGUUGUGAUUCUUAAUCAAGUACGAUUGAUUUUGAAGACGUUUACCAUGCUUUAUGUAGGAGAGCAAGGGUGCCGCCAAGUUAUCUAAAAACCUCAAAACUUAACAGCAGAUAGCAGCUUUGAGAAUAACAGAGUGGUAAUCUUUUUUGUGUGAGAAAUUGUUCUAUCUGUUAAUCUGAAAUGCUGCAGAUUUAAGUUGUAUCCCUUAAUGUUUUAAGUGUAGUUUACUAUAUAUAUGUACACACUUUCUUUAUUAUAUACUACAGUAGAAGCUGCCUAAGACAGAUGGCCACCCAUCGUUGAGGAGAAAAAUGUCUGUCUUAGACAGGUGGCUGUCUUACACAGUGUCAUUGUCGUAGUGUGAAAUGUACGCAAGUGGGGAACUGGGAAGUGGCUGUUUGUGCAGGUGAUUGUCUUAUACAUGUGGCUGUCUUAUACAUGUGGCUGUCUUAUA